GUGUCGAACAAAAAACAUCAAUCAAGAUCCAGAACGAAGAAGAAGAGGAAAAUGGCGCUGCAGUGGUUGAUUCUGUCGUACGUCGUCGCGGCGGAGGCCGCCGUCGCAGUCAUCUUGACCUUGCCGUCUCCGAAUCUCAUCAAGAAGCGCAUAGUUUCUCUUAUCUCUCUCAUCCUUCAGCCUGCUGUCUCCAUCGUCCCCUUCGCUGGAUUCCAGCUCCUGGAUAUUUACUGGAAGAACGAACACAGAUUGAUGUGCACAUCUGAGGUCUGCACUGCUUCGGAGCGGGAUCACUACGAGAAAUCCAUCUACAAGGCUCAAAGGAACGUGGUUCUGUGUGCUAUCGCAAUUCUUCUCUACUGGUGCAUCUACCGCGUCUGCAAGUACUACAAGGACCUCGAGAGCUUGGAGGAAGCGGAGAAGAGAUACAAGGAGGAGUAGUCUCCCUAUUGAAGCUGAUUGUGCCUCCUUCUAUUUAAAGAUACUAUUAUCCAAAAAAACACUUAGACUAUGAAACAAGAACAAUUGCACAAGACGGUUUUGAAGUUGUUUGUUUCUCUAUGCGACAUAAUUUAACGUUUCCAGUUGUUUGGGGUAACCGGCCUCGGUCUCAUGGUCUUGGUUUCGUGAGAUCUAAGUAUCCACGGUCCAUGUAUCCGUGGCCCAGCAAUAUCUGAACCUGAAAAUGUUUUUGAAAUUUCGUUGAUUUUAAAAUGUACUUUAUUAA